CCUCUGGCAGUCAUCGUGUGCCCUGGUUGGAAAAAGGCCCAAUUUAUUUUUGAAUUAUUGGGAGACUAUAUUGCAUCCUGCAGACCUCUUCAUCCUGUGUUGUUAACAAUCGGACUCCGCAAAGAUGAAGCCAAAAAUAUGAAGCUUCCGAGGGGGUGCAAUGUGGUUGUUACAACACCACAUAGUCUCCUGAGACUUCUCCAGUAUCAAAGCUUGUUGUUUCUUAGACUCUGUCACCUACUUUUGGAUGAAGUGGAAGUGUUACUCUCUGAAGCUAAUGAGCAAAUGUUUGCUAUAUUAGAUAACUUUAAAAAAAACAUGGAAGUUGAAGAAAGGGAAUCUGCCCCACAUCAGAUUGUUGCAGUUGGAGUUCAUUGGAACAGACAUAUAGAGCAUUUAAUCAAAGAGUUCAUGAACGACCCCUACAUUGUGAUCACGGCCAUGGAAGAGGCUGCCCUCUAUGGCUGCGUCCAGCAGGUAGUACAUCUUUGCUUGGAAUGUGAAAAAACUUCUACUUUACUCCAGACUCUUGAUUUCAUCCCAAGUCAGGCACAGAAGACCUUGAUCUUCACCUGUUCUGCAGCUGAGACAGAAACCGUGUGUAAGGUGGUAGAAAGCAAUUCCAUAUUUUGCUUGAAAAUGCAUAAAGAAAUGAUUUUUAAUUUAAAAAGUGUUUCACAACAGUGGAAAAAGAAGUUAAGUUCUGGUUCUCACAUUGUAUUAGCCCUAACAGACGACUGCAUCCCACUCUUGGCCAUCACCGAUGCCACGUGUGUUAUUCACUUCAGCUUUCCUUCCUCACCAAAAGUUUUCGGUGGACGCCUGCAUUGCAUGUCUGAUCAUUUUCAGAGCUUAACUGAACAGGGUUCUGCAGAACAGGGAGAUAAAAAGACCAAAUCUGUCUUGCUGCUAUCGGAGAGAAAUGCCUGCCACGCAGUUGGUGUCCUGCGCUACUUGGAGCGAGCAGAUGCCAAGAUCCCUUCAGAGCUGUACGAGUUUACUGCAGGGGUUCUGGAAGCCAAAGAAGAUAGAAAAGCCAGAAGGCCUCUUUGUCCAUAUCUUAAGGCUUUUGGUUUUUGCAAAGACAGAAGGAUCUGUCCUGACCGGCACCGUGUUAAUCCAGAAGUAGACAUGCCAAGGAAGUUAUCCAGCCAAACUCUACCGGCUCUUGGAUACAUAAAAAUAAUACCCUUUUAUGUUUUGAAUGCAACAAAUUACUUUGGUCGUAUAGUUGAUAAACAUGAGGAUCUUUGUGCAACUCUUAAUGCUGAGAUGAAAGAGUAUUUUGAAGACUCCAGUAAUAAAGCAACUGUUGAAAAGGUGGAGAAAUUUGGAUUAUAUGGGUUAGCAGAAAAAUCAGUUUUUCACAGGGUUCAGGUGUUGGAGAUGAGUCAGAAGGAGGACACAUGGGCCCUGGAUAAUGUCCUUGUGAAAUUCAUAGAUGAAGGCAGGACUGGACUCGUCACAAGAGACCAGUUGCUGCACCUUCCAGAAAGUUUCCACACACUGCCCCCACAAGCUGUGGAGUUUAUCGUUUGUAGAGUGAAACCUGCGGACAAUGAAAUUGAAUGGAAUCCAAAGGUUACUAGGUACAUUCAUCAUAAAAUUAUUGGAAAACUGCAUGAUGCAAAAGUGAUACUGGCUUUAGGAAAUACAGUUUGGAUUGAUCCAAUGGUGCACAUUACAAAACUUUCAACCUUGAAAACUUCUGUCAUUGAUUAUAAUGUCCGAGCUGAAAUUUUGUCAAUGGGAAUGGGCAUUGAUAACUCAGAACAUGUAGAACAACUGAAAAAAUUAUACAAAGGAGCUAAAAUGCCAUCUUUUGAAGAAAGCCUGAACCAGACCCUGUAAGUGGAUUUUUGUCCCCCUUUGGAAGAGCUGUUUUGUGGAAAUAGAACUCACAAGUGGUAUGAACAUUUUUGCUGAAAGUAGAGUAGUCUAAUGAGUCUCUGUGUUCCCAUCACUCAGUAAUUACCAACAUUUGGGGAGUCUGAUUUUAUUCACACUCCAGCCCACACUUUUGUUUUUGCUUGACUAUUAUAAAACAAAUUCCAAAUAUAUUAUUUCACCAUAUUGCUUACAGAGGGAACUUUUGUUAGCUUUUUAUUGACAGCACACAUCCUGAAAGGUACACACAUAGCAAGUAUGGCUUAAUGGUUUUCUGAGCAUGGAAACUAGGCCAGAUCAGAAACAGGGUGCCACUCAGAGCUGCCUCCUGGUUCUCCCCAAGGGCAGCCGCCUUCCAGAUACAAAACAAGGUGGAUGACUCCUCCCUGGCUCGCUCUCUGCGUGGAGCCAUGCAGUGUGUCUCUUGUGUCUCCUGGCAUCUUUACCUGCUGCUGGUGGCAGCCAUCCAUUCCGUGCGUGCAGCUGUAGACCAUGUAUUCCCACUGCUGUGUCAUGUUCCGUUGUAUGGACACAGUGUGGUUUAUUUCCCCAUUCUGUUGGUGGGAGGAAUUUCCAGGUCUGGGCCGCUUCGGGUGGCACUUUAAACAUUUCUUCGUCGUGCGCUUUGGUGCACUAACGAAUGUAUUUUUGAUGGAAUGGAAUGGAAACUGCUCAACAGUUUUCCAGAUGGGUUGUACCAGUUUCAUGUCCACAGCAAGAUGAGAGACUUCUGAAGUCUCAGAGAGAGUAAACGGGCAGCCCCGCGGGAGGAUUGGACUCAGCAUGUGUGUCCACCAGGACUUGCAUCAAGAGCUCCUUUCAGUUGAAACAGCGGACACCUAGUAGAAAACAGGACCAAAGAUGUGAACAGACACUGCACAGUGUCCAAUCCAUUGAUUAGCUGUCCAGUAAUUAAUAUGUGAAGGGUCCUCAGGCUCAUUACUCAUCAGGGAAAUGCAAGUUAGAACCACAGUGGAG